UGACAAUAUCACAAACCCUUACUAAAUGAAUAAUAAAAAAAUAUAAUCCUUUUAUUUAUGCAAAAUAUUAUCCAUUAUGGCCCAUACAUGACAUGUCCAGCAGUUUCCAGGGACUGACAGUGAUUGGCUGUUCUUUCAAUGCCAGGUGCCUCAAUCAGUGGGCGUGGUCUCAAGUCACCUGUGGACGCCAUUAAAUAGUUCGGGGUUUGUCCUCGGGAUGAAUGGUGCCAUGUGAUGUGAGUUUUUGUGGAAAUUUAUUGCAACUGUCCUGAAUAUUCUCCAACCAUGGCUUCUACAAAUCUGUACAUUGGUUGCAAGAUAUGGUUAAUUUCAAAAGCCAAUAAUCGUUAUGAGGGGAUUUUGUACACAAUUGAUAAAGUGAACUCCACAAUAGUUCUUGCAAAAGUCAAAUGUUUUGGAACGGAGGGUCGAUCCACUGACAGACCAACACCAGCCAGGGAUGAUGUCUAUGAUUAUAUUACUUUCCGGGGAAGUGAUAUUAAGGAUAUCUCCCUGUGUGAACCUCCAAGAUCCCACCAUGGCCUUCCCCCAGAUCCUGCAAUUGUACAGUCAUCCGGUGCUGGCUCAUCGGGCAUUUACCCAGCUCUGGGACAGUUUAGCCCCCUAAGGAUGUCUGCUUACAACCGUCUUGCUGCCAGUUCUCUGCUUAAUCCACAGUAUGCUGCAGCUCUUGGUUUAGGGCCUGUGCUUCCAGGCUUGCAUGUUGUAAGAGGCCCCAUGGUGGAAAAGGCUGUUCAAACCCUCCAUGUGGACAGAUUCAGGCAGAGGAGAGGUCUGACUGCAUUCCGGGCGCAGGACGAGCAGUGGGACAGGAGGAGGCCCCAGAGGAUCAACGGACUCAGUUCUCAGACCAGAAGAGGACCUGGAACCACCAUGAAGUCAGGCCCAGGUGUGACCACUUCUCGGCAGGAAACUUGGCAGCAGAAUUAUGAAAACAGGCCACCACCCAGAAGAAGACAAGGAGCUCGAAGGCGUAGGAAUCGUGAUAGAGGACAGCUGAUCGUGGCUAAUAUUCCAUCUCCCAUCCUCAAGUUUGACACUGACUUUGAUUUUGAUUCCUCAAAUGCACAGUUUAUUAAGGAGGAGCUUGAGAGGGAGGUGCAGAAUAGGAUGAAUGUGAAAGGUAGAAAUUUUGAGGUAGAAGAGAAAGAAAAUGAAGGAUUGCACUCUGCUGCCGAGGAUGGUCAUUUUGGACCAAAAUACUACUAUGACAAAGCAAAGUCUUUCUUUGACAAAAUCUCAUCUGACAGUAGGUUCAGUUUCAGAUUAUCGUGGGCAGAGGAGCGGAAACGGAAUCUGGAGACUUUUGGAGUCCCCGGAAGGUUCCUGAGGAGCCAAGGAUUCAGAGGUGGAUACACUGGACGAAGAGGACAAGGCAUUGCUCAGACUCUACCUCCUCACAGAACCAGGAGUGGACAGAUGUAAAGGCAUUAAUAUUAAUUUCAUCCUAUAAUGGUCGCUUCCCUUUUGUUAUGGGACUGUUAUCCAUCACAGUGAUCAGCAGAAGUGGCUCUGUUGGUCCUGUAUGAAAUUAUGUUGUUUUUUUUGUCUUUUUCUUUCCUCCCUGUGGCACUUAUCUUGCCCCCAUUUUGUCAGGAUUUUUUUUAACCUCAUUUCGAAUAAGGUUAAUAGUUACUGGAAGAGUUGUGUUUUUUCAAAUGGAAAUAUUUAAGUUUCCACUUAAAAUUGCUGUUUGGUUGUUUUGUUUGCUACUAAAUAAUGUCACUUCUGAAAUGUAUAUUUCAUGAAAACAAAUUCUGGCUUUGCCACUUAAGAAUAUUAUUAUUUGUACAUUUAUUUAGCAAGUUGUUGCAUACUGUAAAUGUUAACAUGAACUAAACAUAAGUGUAUUUGAACUGUGUGCAUUGAUUUGCUUUGACAAAUUGAAGCAACAAGUGAUCUUCAUGUAAAUAAACUGAACAUUGUCGCAUAUUG